UCUCUCUCUUUGAUGAUGGGGGUAUUUCUAUUCUGUGGGGGCUGUGAGCUCAGCGAGUUUGUUUCUGUGUCUAUAAUCCCCUCUCUCUGGGCGCCAGCAUAUAAAAGCGGCGAGGGGCCUGGCACACUCUCACACAGACCACCAGUCUCAGCCCCGAGUCUACUCCUUUACGCACACACUGCCACAGUCAUCAUGUCUGGAGAGAAAUCCAAGUCUGCUUCCCAGACUGAUGGGAAGGCGGCUCAGAACAAGAUGUCUGAGAUGGGCAUGAUGUCCUACAAGAUGUGUGUGUAUGACCAGGAGAACUUCCAGGGCCGCUGUAUUGAGAUCAGCGCCGAGUGUAUGAAUGUGUGUGACAUGGGAAUGGACAGGGUGCGCUCCCUGCGUGUCGACUGCGGACCCUUUGUGGGCUUUGAGCAGAUGAACUUCUGUGGUGAGAUGUUCAUCCUGGAGAAGGGCGAGUACCCCCGCUGGGACUCCUGGAGCAACUGUCAGAAGAACGACUACCUGCUGUCCUUCAGGCCUGUCCGCAUGGACCCUGAGAAGCACAAGAUCUGCCUGUAUGAGGUCGGCGAGUUCAAGGGACGUAAGAUGGAGAUCAUGGACGAUGAUGUCCCCAGUCUGUUUUCCUAUGGUUUCACCGACAGAGUGGGCAGCAUCAUGGUCAGCUGUGGAACAUGGGUCGGUUACCAGUUCCCUGGCUACCGUGGCAGCCAGUACCUGCUGGAGAAGGGUGAAUACAGGCAUUUCAAUGAGUUCGGUGCCCGCUGCCCCCAGAUGCAGUCCAUUAGGCGCAUCCGCGACAUGCAGUGGCACCCACACGGCUGCUACACCAUGUCCUCCAAGUGAAACCCAGCGAGGGCGAGGAAGAGAGGGAUCAGAGGAGAAACAGAGGCCGAGGGCGGGCACAGAGAUGGAGGGGGAGGCGGAGGAGGGAGGGCGAAGAAGGAGAGGAGGAGGGAGAUGGUGUAAUAUUUUCUCCUCAGCCCCAGACAUCUCUUGGUGGUUUGAGUGCAGGAUGGAGGGAAUACAGUAGGUUAUUAUUUUUUAGUUGUUGGAACAUUGUAAUCUAGUGACCAAUGAAAAGUUCUUCAAAGUGAAGGAGGAGAUAACAUCAUGGACCAUCGAGACUGUAUCUGAAAAUAAAUCAUUUUGUUCUCCCUCUCGCACCGUCUCUGACAGCUCCCUUAUCCCCACUUUCCUCUCUCUCCUCCCCUCCCUCCCUCUCUCCCCCUCACGCACUUCUCUUCCACAUCCCACCAAUGAUGGGAGUACCAGUGUGGAUAUGUGUGUGUUUGUGUGGUGGGGGAGCUGAGACAGAAGAAAGCCACAACAAGGGAAGUGGUGGUGAAUUAUCUCUGCUCUGAUCCUGCAGCCACAUCAAACCGAAACCCCAAUAAAGCAUCUUACAUCCUA